AUUCUCGAGAAAUGGAGACCACUACCACCCGCCGCCGCCAUCCAUAGCUGAACAGGAAGAGGAGGAGAAGCAGGCGGGCGUCGGAGGCGGAGCACAGAUUGGGGAAGAUGGCGAGCAUGAUGAGGAGCUGUGCAGUGGCAGCCAUGCCUUCCUUGCUGUCUCCUUCAAAGUCUAAAUUUGUAAACCCGCUCUCGUUGCCAGCGUUCUCAAAUGCUUCGCGCUUCACCAUGUCCGCGGAAUGGAUGCCUGGCCAGCCACGCCCUCCCUACUUAGAUGGCUCCGCACCAGGAGACUUUGGAUUUGAUCCACUCAGACUUGGGGAGGUGCCAGAAAACUUAGAGAGGUUCAAGGAGUCUGAGCUUAUCCACUGCAGAUGGGCGAUGCUUGCAGUUCCAGGAAUUUUGGUUCCCGAGGCACUGGGGUUAGGCAACUGGGUGCAGGCUCAGGAGUGGGCAGCUGUCCCUGGUGGCCAGGCGACAUACCUAGGCAACCCCGUCCCUUGGGGCACUCUCCCAACCAUCCUUGUGAUCGAGUUCUUGGCCAUCGCAUUUGUGGAGCACCAGCGCAGCAUGGAGAAGGACCCCGAGAAGAAGAAAUACCCGGGCGGUGCGUUCGACCCACUUGGUUAUUCCAAGGACCCAGUCAAACUCCAGGAGUACAAGAUCAAGGAGAUAAAAAACGGUCGGCUUGCUCUACUAGCUUUCGUGGGAUUCUGCGUGCAGCAAUCUGCAUACCCUGGAACAGGGCCGCUGGAGAAUCUGGCUACCCACCUCGCAGAUCCAUGGCACAGGAACAUUGGCGACAUUAUCAUCCCUAGAUCCGUCCUCCCUUACUAAAUUUAUAACAUUUCGCCUUCAGCUUUAUGCGCGAGUCCGGUGUACAAUACCUCUUCCAACUGUUGUAUGUCACUCUUUUUUCUAAAACUUUGCCGCUUCUACCUC